AUGAGCUGUUGGGAGUGCUGCGACACAAGGCCUGCAUUUGAGCCCAGUGUCCGGUGGGAAUCCGGGCCCCGGCCAGGUGUAGAUCACCAGGGGAUGGAUCGCGUGUGGAGUGCGUGGUGCGGGAAGUGCGUCAAAGAGAAAGGGUCGCCUCCGCUUUGGGCCCAGCGCAUCGUGGUCGCCUGGCUCAGUAGGGCCGAGUGGGAUCAGGUGACGGUGUAUCUGUUUUGUGACGACCAUAAAUUGCAGCGGUACGCCCUCAACCGCAUCACCGUGUGGAGGAGUAGGUUAGGCAACGAACUCCCCCUGGCAGUGGCUUCUACUGCUGACCUGGUACGCUGUAAGCUCAUGGAUGUAACUGGUGGCUUGGGCCCUGAUGAACUUAGACUGCUCUAUGGCAUGGCGUUGGUCAGGUUUGUGAAUCUUAUCUCAGAGAGGAAGACAAAGUUUGUCAAGCUCCCUCUCAAGUUCCUAGCUCAGGAGGUAAACAUUCCAGAUUGGAUUGUUGAACUUCGCCAUGAGUUGACCCACAAGAAAAUGCCCCAUAUAAAUGACUGCCGCAGAGGCUGUUAUUUUGUUCUGGAUUGGCUCCAGAAGACCUACUGGUGCCGCCAACUGGAGAACAGCCUGAGAGAGACCUGGGAGCUGGAGGAUGAUAGGGAAGAGACAGAUGAAGAAGACCCAGAGGAAGAUAAAAAUAUUGUUGUUGAUGACAUCACAGAACAGAGACCAGAGCCUAAGGAUAAAGGGAAAGGUGCAGAACUGGAUAUCAGGGUUGAUGGAGACAGUGAAGGCAACAAAGAGGUUGAUUCACAUUUGAAAAAGGCUCUGAGACAUAAAGAGCUAUAUGAAAGAGCCCGAGAACUGCUGGUAUUAUACGAAGAGGAGCAGUUUAAGGUGCUGGAGAAAUUUAGGCAUUUACCUCAGGCUGUUAAGGCAUGGAACAACCUGUCUCCACCUGUAGAAUGCAUCCUGGCAGAGCUCAAGGGCAUUACAUGUGAGAACAGGGAGGCUGUGUUGGAUGCUUUUCUGGAUGAUGGCUUUCUCAUCCCCACAUUUGAGCAGUUGGCAGCUUUGCAGAUAGACUAUGAAGAUGGGCAGACUGAGGUCCAGAGAGGGGAAGGUACUGACCCAAAGUUACACAAAAACGUGGACCUGAAUGACAUCCUGGUGCCAAAGCCGUUCUCUCAAUUCUGGCAGCCUCUGCUCAGGGGCCUGCACUCCCAGACCUUCACGCAGGCCCUGCUGGAGAGGAUGCUCUCCGAGCUGCCAGCCUUGGGGGACAGUGGGAUCCGGCCCACCUACAUCCUCAGAUGGACCAUUGAACUGAUUGUGGCUAACACCAAGACUGGACGGAAUGCCCGCCGAUUUUCUGCAAGCCAGUGGGAAGCGAGAAGGAGCUGGAGGCUGUUCAACUGCUCUGCCUCCCUUGACUGGCCCCGGGUGGUUGAGUCCUGCUUGGGCUCACCUUGCUGGGCCAGCUCCCAACUCCUUCAGCUUGUCUUCAAAGCCAUGGGACAGGUCCUGCCAGACGAGGAGCAGGAGAGACUGCUGCGCAUCUGUUCCAUUUAUACCCAGACUGGAGAGAACAGCCUAGUGCAGGAGGGCUCAGAAGCCUCCCCCAUUGGGAAGUCUCCUUACACACUGGACAGCCUAUAUUGGAGCCUCAAACCAGCUAGUUCCUUUGGAAUUGAAGGAGAACCCCAGCAGCAGGAGGAGCAGGGUAGCCUUAAUGAUCUCAAGAAAGAUGAAAAGGAGGAGAAAGAUCUGGAAGAUCAGGUGGAGGAGGAGGAGGAAGAAGAAAAUGAUGACCAGAAGUGGGAGGAGGAAGAUGAAGAUGAUGAAGAUGAGGAGGAGGAGCAAGAGGAGGAGGAGGAAGACAGAAUGGAGGUGGGGCCUUUCUCUACUGGAGAGGAGUCUCCCACUGCUGAGAAUGCCAGGCUCCUGGCCCAGAAAAGAGGAGCUUUGCAGGGCUCUCCAUGGCAAGUUAGCUCUGAAGAUAUACGAUGGGAUACCUUCCCCUUAGGCCUAAUGCCAGGUCAGACUGAGGACCCAGCAGAGCUUAUGCUGGAGAAUUAUGACACCAUGUAUCUUUUGGACCAGCCUGUGCUAGAGCAGCGGCUGGAACCCCCAACAUGCAAGAUUGGCACCCUUGGUUUGAGCUGUGGCAUGGGCAGUGACAACUGCAGCAACAGUAGCAACAGCAGCAGCAACUUGGAGGGCCUUCUCUGGAACCAGGGCCAGAUGCAUGGACUCAAAACUGGCUUGCAGCUCUUCUGAUGCCCACUCUGGUGCAAAGGGAUUAUCCAGCCCUGCAGGGGCAAUAGCCCAUUCCCUGCCCCCGUUGCCCCCCCUGCUCCCGGCCCCCACCAGUGCACCUGAUGCUCCAUGAAACAACCUGGGAGACAGCCCGCUUCAGCCGUAUAAGCUCAGCUUUCUGCCACAAUGGAAUUUUGAAUAUGUUCUGGGUUUUUUAAAUUUUGUUUUGAAAAACAAUAAACAGGCAACUGUUA